AUGACUGGCCAGAAAUCAGAGCAACAGAUAACAAAAGUCAGAACACCCCCGCAUACACGAAAAGAGUACUUUGGUUCCUUCCACCAGAUCCCUGUCCUCCUGUGCAGGAUACAACUAUCACAGGUCCACCCCCGAGGCAUGAACGUCAUCAUUCGCAGUGAAGUCAAGUUGACCGGUAAUGGCAGAUCCAUCCGCCCACUGCCCCUUGAUCAGGAUGCGUUUCGAAAACAGCACCGUAGCAUGAUACGCCGGCGCCAGUAUUUCGGUGGUGACCUCUUUCUCACUGUACUCGGUGUAUGUAGAGGAAGUGGUGUGGGUGAAUUGGUAGUUCAGUUUGAUUCCCAAUUUACGCCGACGCCACCGCUAGCCGAAAUCUCGAUACCAGUGCUAUGGGCUAGCUCGGUUGACUCCCCAGUGGUGACACCGGUCCUGAGCGUUUUGGACCUCCUGAUCUGCCCGGCAGUCCCGUUGGUCCAGGAGCCUUCGACGCGCCAGACAAUCGCUCUGCUGGCUGUGCAGAAAGGCUUGCUGAUGAGUCGGAGGCUCCGUGCGUCUGUUUCAUCGUAG